ACGCACUUUUUAUGUUCGUGCAGUGAUAGCGCACGGCACACCGCCUGCAUUUGUAAGCAAGCCACUCGCACAGUCGCAUUCACAGAAGUCUUGUUCGACUUGAUGAGACCUUGCGAGCCUACGCGCAGGCGCCGCCUUCCCCUCACGCCCAGCGACCGCAACGCAGCAGCGGCAGCAGCAGCAGGGCCGCAGCAGCGCAGCGCCACCAGCGUGGCUAUCCGCGGCCGCGUAGUAGCGUGUGUCUGCCCCCGAUAUCCGUGUGUUAGGUUGGGCUGCUUAUCGGUAGGGCCAGUGCGUCGUGCCUCGGGGAGCCCUGGCCACGACGUCGCAAGGUGCUGCAUGUGAACGGCCCGUUGGCGCUGGAGCCUGGUCGGCCAGCACCCGCAGCUAGGAGCCGCGCCGCGGCGGCGGGCGCAUGCGCUUGUCAAUGGCGGCGGCUCGGGCUGCAGCGCCGCACGCAGCCCCUCGUAGAGGGUUGGCUGACGCUACGCUGGGCCGGCUAGGCGGCCACCUCUGACGCCUUCUCCGAUGACUGCAAGCAGUGCCAGUAUGGGGGAGCAGCCCAUCUUUUCCACGAAAGCGCACGUGUUCCACAUUGACCCCAAGACGAAGCGGUCCUGGAUACCAGCCAGCAGCCAGGCAGUGAGCGUCAGCUUCUUCUAUGACUCAAGUCGCAAUCUGUAUCGCAUCAUCAGUGUUGAGGGCACCAAGGCGGUAAUCAACUCCACCAUAACGCCCAACAUGACCUUCACCAAGACCUCCCAGAAAUUCGGCCAGUGGUCCGACAUCCGAGCCAACACUGUUUAUGGCCUUGGCUUUGGCUCGGAGCCCGACCUCAAUAAGUUCAUCGAGAAGUUCCAGGAGGUGAAAGAGGCGACCCGGCUGGCUGCCCAGAAGGCUGGCAACAACGGUGUGGCGGCCGUGCGGCCCCCCGAGGGAGGGGAGGCCGGCGGGGGGGACCCCACGGCGCUUCACGGUGGUGGCAGCCCCAAGCACCAGCAGGCAGCAGCCAAGGCGUCGCUGCCCCAGACAACGGCCGAAGCGCAGCUGCGCUAUGAAAACGAUAGGCUCAAACUUGCGCUGGCACAGAGCUCGGCAAACGCCAAGAAGUGGGAGGUGGAGCUUCAGACGCUCAAGAACAACAACGGCCGGCUCACAUGCGCCUUGCAGGAGAGCACGGCCAAUGUAGAGGAGUGGAAGCGGCAACUGCAAGCGCUCAAGGAGGAGAAUGCCACCAUUCGUGGCCGCAUGCUGGAUCUGGAGGCUGGCAGUGCCCCUGAUGCCCAGGAGCUGCGCCGGGAGCUGGCUGCCUUGCGCAGCCGUGCUGAGCUUCUCGACCGAGAGCACAAGCAGAAGGACAAAGAGUUGGAGGCACUGAAGCGAAAGUUGGAGGACCAAACGCCAGGCAAAGCAGAUGAGAGGCUGAAGGCGCUGCUGUCCGAGAAUGAGGCGCUGAAGAGCGCUGCGCAGCGUCUCCAGGAACAGCUGUGUGCGGCCCAGGGACGCCAGGCUGCCUGGGAACAGCUGGCGCAACGCAUCGCCCACCGCCUGCAUGACUUGCGUGACGUGCAGCAUGAGCUGGCUGCAUUACUGUCUGCCUCCUGACCCCACUCGGUGUUGUUGUCGCACCAGCAGCCCCACCCGGCAGGAGGAGGCGCAGCAAGAGCCCCCGCGAGGGAAGUACCUCCCCCCACCACUCACGAGCCAAGAGCAUGCUAGCCAGGCCUGGCGAGAUCUGCUCAGCGCUGCCCCCUUCCUAAGCAAGAGGGAAGGCUUGGUAUAGUGCGCGAGUCGUGGGCUCACCUACUCCAAGCUGACGGCCGACAAAAACUUGGCCAGCAGCACUGUGCAGGCAGCUUUGUCAGCAGAAACAAAUUGUAUACACCUGGACAUUGCAUGAGUGGCCGUGGCGGUCUCAGUCUAGGAUUAUGUCACGUGCUGUUUUUGUCCACGUAAACCAGUCAUUGCUCAUUAAACUGUCAGUGUCAAACCUGAGAACUCAGUGACGUGGCUUAGGCAGCAGAAUGGAUUGAGCUUCCGCAGUGAUAUUGCGAGGUUUGUUUUGUGACGUUCUAUCGGCACGAGAGUAAUUGAGCAAUACGGAAAAGGCUGCGCAAGUUCUUUUGCGUAAUAAGCUUGGAGACAAGCUCUUCCAGGAUUCCACAUUAAAAGCUUUAUGAAAUAGCUAGGCAUUUUCUUGAGAUAAAGUGAAAGCCUUCCUAAGUGGACUGUUGCAAGUGGCUUUUUACUAUAUUUUCUUUUUUUUUUUUUUGGUGUCUACAUGACACCAAUGUGCCACACCAUGUAUUUGUUUAGCCCUCAAUGCACUGCCCUCGCUCUACGCUAAGAAAACGAUUGCCAUAUAAUCUCAACCCUUGGAGCCAAUGUAAUUCUCACAUGAGCAGAAUCUCAGCCAACAUUGGUGCUGAGGACUCACAAGAUCAAAUGUCACAUGUAUUACCUGAAGAAUCUCCUUUUAGUUUGCAUCGCACUGGCUUGCUGAUGCAUUUGCGGACGUGUGAGUUUUAGAGGUACACAUAUUUUGAAAUCAUUUCAGCUUCUACUUCAUUCCUGCAUUGACGGGUAACAUACAUUUCGGAUACCACUGUCAAGUGUGUACAGUAAUAUACAAAAAUAAAAGACAAUAUAAAACUUGUA